AUGGAUAACGGGACAUACUUUUACUUCAUGUUGUUUGACAAUCUUGGGUACAUAAGAUAUGCUUUGUUCACUACAGGACUGAUUCUGUACUGUGUUAUCAUAUUAUUUAAUGUUGUCAUUUUUAUUACUGUAUUUUGGGACCGCACAUUGCACCAGCCUAUGUACAUUCUGAUUUCCUGUUUGUCUGUUAACUCUGUGUAUGGAACAGCCGGCUUUUUUCCGAGAGCUCUGAUAGACUUGCUUUCUGAUACACACUCAAUCUCUCGUGAAGCAUGCUUCUUACAAUCUUUUGUUAUUUAUUCAUACAUAGCAAAUGAGAAUACAAUAUUAAUGUUAAUGGCACUUGACAGAUUUGUUGCAAUAAGUAAGCCUUUACAAUACCACAGCAUAAUUACACCAAGGUUCCUGACUCUUUUAUUUCUUUUAAACUGGGCAUAUUCAAUGCUUUGUAUUGGUGUUGUCGCUAUUUUUAGUGCAGGGCUUAACAUGUGUGGCAACAAACUGUGGAAAGUAUACUGCCACAACUAUGAAGUUGUCAAGCUCUCGUGUGUGAAUAGCAUUAUUGUUAAUAUUAUGGGCUUGUAUGUGCUGAUAACAACUGUAAUCAUUCCUCUAAGUUUAAUUAUAUAUUCUUAUGUGAAAAUUCUAAUCAUUUGUCAAAGAAGUUCAUCACAGUUCAAGAGGAAAUCUUUCCAAACAGUUGUUCCACACAUAGUGGUCCUUUUAAAUUUCUCAGUUUCUGUCAUAUCUGAGAUCACUUUGAGUCGAGUUGUCAAUUUAAACAUGUCAGUAGGGUUGUCAAUUUUUCUAUCACUGGAGUUUCUUUUAAUACCCCCCAUCCUCAAUCCUCUUGUUUAUGGUUUGAGUCUGUCAGAUAUAAGAAAAAAAAAUAUUUGCCUCGGAAAGUUAACCAGGUAG